CAGGGAGGGUCCCAUCAGUGUCUGCCUCCCACCGGCCAGGACUCACUCCGCAGGUGCCCCGGCAGGUGAAGAAGCCAGGCGUGCAGACCCAGAGCUCCCGGGCUCUUCUGCGGCCUCCGGAGGCCCGCCCUGAGGGCCCAGCAGGAGCCAAGAGACCUUCCCGGUCCCGCCCCCAGGAUGCGUUUCUAGUCCGCAGGCCUCGCUCGCAUGUUGCUGCAGCCGCUCCGCAGACCCUCUUGACAAGGUGCUGUUCCUGGAUGGUUGCCGGCAGGUGGAGAUACAGUGUGGGAAAUGGACCUGGCCCAGAAGAUGCUGCUUGGAGCACACUGUUGUUCCCAGGAAGAAAAACAGCCUGGAACAAUGAAGUGCGUUUUCUUCCUGUUUGUUGGUGGUGUUCACCUUUUAUCCCUGAGCUCUGGAAAAGCCAUAUAUAAGAAUGGUAACCCUCAUCGAACAUUUCAAGAAACAAAGGAGGAAAUAGACAGCUAUAAAGAUGUUGCUGAAGCAAUUAUCAACCUUGCUGUUUAUGGGAAAUACCAGAACCGUUCCUAUGAACGUUUGGGACUUCUAGUUGAUGCUGUUGGACCCAGACUGAGUGGCUCUAAGAACCUAGAGAAAGCUAUUCAAAUCAUGUACCAAAACCUGCAGCAAGAUGGGCUGGAAGAUGUCCACCUGGAGCCUGUCAGAGUACCCCACUGGGAGAGGGGAGAAGAAUCUGCAGUGAUGCUGUUGCCUAGAAUUCACAAGAUGGCUAUUUUGGGUCUUGGCAGUAGCGUUGGAACUCCCCCAGGAGGCAUCACAGCAGAAGUGCUGGUGGUGACCUCAUUUGAUGAACUUCAGAGACGGGCAUCGGAGGCAAGAGGGAAGAUCGUUGUUUAUAACCAGCCUUAUACUAGCUAUGGAGUAACAGUGCAGUACCGUGUGCGGGGAGCUGUGGAGGCUGCCAAGGUGGGGGCUGUGGCAUCCCUUAUCCGAUCAGUAGCUUCCUUUUCUAUCUACAGUCCUCACACAGGUUUUCAGGAAUAUCAAGAUGGUGUGCUCAAGAUUCCAACAGCCUGUAUCACAGUGGAAGAUGCAGAAAUGAUGUCAAGAAUGGCUUCUCGAGGGAACAAAAUUGUUAUUCAUCUAGAGAUGGGAGCAAAGACCUAUCCAGACACUGAUUCCUUCAACACUGUAGCAGAGAUCACUGGGAGCAAGUAUCCAGACCAAGUUGUGCUGAUCAGUGGACAUCUGGAUAGCUGGGAUGUUGGGCAAGGUGCCCUGGAUGAUGGUGGUGGAGCCUUCAUAUCAUGGGAAGCACUCUCACUUGUUAAAGAUCUUGGGCUGCGUCCAAAGAGGACUCUGCGCCUAGUGCUCUGGACAGCUGAAGAACAAGGUGGCAUUGGUGCUUCCCAGUAUUAUGAGCUACAUAAGGCAAAUGUUUCCAAGUACAGUCUGGUGAUGGAGUCUGACUCGGGGACCUUCUUACCCUCUGGGCUACAGUUCACCGGCAGUGACAAGGCCAGGGCUAUCAUGAAGGAGGUCAUGAAUCUGCUGCAGCCCCUCAAUGUCACCAAGGUCUUUAGUGGCGGAGAAGGAACUGAUAUUAACUUCUGGAUCCAAGCUGGAGUGCCUGAAACAGUGGGACUGCUCAUGCUGUGACACUUGGCAAAGUGAGAAGUUCCAGAACUUCAGCAAAAGACAGCUGUCAAAAUUGAUCUGAAGGAAAAUGGAAGUCUAUGCUGUGUCUAUUUCAUGUAUAGUAUGUAUUUCUACUUCGUUGGCACCUGAUAACCACCCACCCUAAUAAUAGGAUUCCAGAACUAUUUAAAUGAUGCUUUGCAUUACAUUGUGUUCAAGCUCUACUUUGUUCUUUUUCUCUUGUUUUUUUCUAUUGAGCCAAUAUUGGUCCCUUACUGUGCUCUACACCUGUUAAAUAUCCAUAAUCUGAUGUGGCAACUUGAUGACUGAGCCUCUCUCUCAUGUAUGCUCAAUAGAGAAAAUAGGUAUUGAGAACAAAGAUUUAAUUAAAAUUAAAUAUGAUUUUCACUAAUUGUUGAAGAAAAAUAGGUCAGUUUGUGAAAAUGACAUCUUUGCAAGAGGAGAAAGUCCUUUGCUGAGCAGGUUGAAAUCUUUAAUGGAUAAUAAUCCAACUGACAAUAAGCUAGCAACAAAAGAGGUUUUAGAUAGAAAAAGAGUGUCCUGGGUACACUUUUCCAAUCAAGCUCUUUCCUGAGAGAGAUCUCAAUCCCCAGCCAGUCCCCUGCCUCCUCUAACAACGCCACUCUUUCCUCACUUUCAGUACAGUCUGAUAAUACAAUAACCUCUAAAUCAGUUUCUUUUAGUACCAGAUAGACUUUGGAAAUUGAGUGGUUGCUUUGGGUAACGUGACAACACUUUUUUUUUGUCUGAUUCUUUUUAAAUGCCUUUAAAAACAGAAACACGCACACUGUUGAAAACUUAGAUGCCUUCUCAGUGUGGCCUCAGAGAAUGUGUCUCCUCUUACUCCAUAUCUCUCAGUAAGUUUAUUCUUCUGGUACAGGAUCUAAGAUGCAACCUUUUUCUAUUGUGUUUUCUUAAUGUAGUGUUCUGGAUAGAAUUACAGGCCUUGAAUGUGUGUUCUGCUUCACAGCUUCUAACUAUGUAUGGUUUUUCUUUUUAACUUUCUAACUAGAUAUGGUUUUUCUUUCUAAAGUUUGCCCAUUUGUCACUCUGCAUCCUGACUAGUCAUGUGCUGUUUGACACCAAGGAGUCAGAGAUGAGUAUAGACAAGAUCUAUGCCCUUGAACACUACAGUCUAGUUAGUGAGUCUUGGCCAGCACAUCUGUAAAGGUACACAGAGAUUUGGGAGUCUCUAGCAUGUGUUUUUCCUCAUCUGUCCCCUCCCUUACACACUGAUAUCACAGUCCCGAACCUCCCACACAAUCCAGACCAUGCCAACACAUAGUAUGAACAUUGUUCACUAUGAAUUGCUCGUAGAUCCAUAAGCCUCUUCCUCCGCUCCUCCUCUCAACAUAGACACUGUCUCACUAGAACUCACUCAUUUCCAGGCAUCCUUGACCAUAGUGACCUGUAUUCCAAAUUCCCAGCCCCCUAAUCUGCUCACUCCAUUGUAAACUGUCUAGUUGGAAAUCUACCUAACUAUUGGGGAGUUUUAUCUUGAAAAUAAAACAGAAGAUCCAAGUCAGAGGGCAGUAAGGGCAUUUUUACAAAAAAAAAAAAAAAACCAGCAUAAGGGCUUAGAGAGAGCUUGCUUGUGCUUAUUUGUUUUUGCUACCUUUGCAGCACUGGAGAUGAAACCCAGGGCCUUGCACAGGCAAUACAAGUGCGUCACCAUUGAGCUGUGUCCCCAGCCCAACCACAUCAAGUCUCUUAGUCCUUUACAUAUUACACCCUCCCCUCCUUGGCAUGCUGAAGUUGUUCAAAGUAGCAUAUUUUACACAUUGAUCGGUCAUGGAAGAAAGAAUCUCUAUAAUUGAUACCCCUUUUCAAAAUGAGGAACUCUUUCAAUAAUUAAUAAAACAGGUUUCCUUCUGUCUCACUGAUGAAAAAUUGUGACUCCUGUCUUUGGCUAAAUUGUGUCACACUAAUGAAGCAUAGUAGAACUACCAAGAUUGGAGAAUAUUGAUCAUAUAUCACUUCCAUGCAUAAGUGGUACCCUUUUUGGUAUCCACUGCAAAGCAUUGUUUCAUGAUAUAUAAGAAAAAAAUUUUAAGAAGAUGAAGAUACCCAUUGAGUAAAGACUUAAAAGCAGUUGUGGUGUCUGAGCAUGUCCUCCUUAUAUAAUGUCCAUCGGUGUGUCUCCAGUAUCCAGCUGUUAUACAUAACUAAAGUGUCUACUUAGCCUGGAAGGUAAAUCCGUUCAUGUUCUACUCCAUCUUGUGUGUUGCUCCUCCAUGGUUUUCUCUGUGUCUCCUAGUUGUCCAGUCAAAAUGGAAUUCCUGGAAGAGCCUUCUGUUUCUGCACUUCUGUGUGUCUGGCCCUUUCCUACUCCCUUAUCAACAGCUAAUUCUGUGGUUUGGCUCCUUAUUUCUCUCCUUUACAAGCUUUCUCUCAUCUCCCACAGGGUGGGCAAUUGUCAUUGGAGCAUGCUCACCAAACCAAGCUCACCUCUCCUUGUGGCACUUGAGAAUUUCCAUGCCUGAGAAGAAGUACUUCCCCCUCUCUAAAGUGUUCAUAAGUCAAAUGUUGAGUAAACAAGCUCAAGCUUUAUGGGAAUAAUAUCAAAUAAAAUACUAUUGAGAAAAGCUUAUUAACUAUAAUGUGCUACCUCUCUCAGUGACAAUAUAGCUCCAUUGCAUGGGCUUCUUUCUUUAUACAUUGCAUUUCUUUAAAUAAUGUAUAUGUUAGUUUCUUUUCUAUUUGUCCAUAUUCCACUGAGAUAUAAAAUUGCAUAUUACUCAGGA